UGAAGAGAGCUGGGAGCAAGCAAAAAUGGCGGCAUCAUCUUCUCCACUCAAUUUAAGCAGCCCAAAAACUAGGGUAGAAUUGGGGAGAAGGCCUGAUUGUUCGGUUCCCAAUUUUGUGAAAUUUCGUCGGAAUCCAUCAAAAACCAAAUAUUUACCGUCAAGGUUGUGUGUGGCAUCCGCCGCGAAUGGCGGCGGAUUCAGGAACCCAGUUGUUGAAGGUGAUGGCAUCAUCAUCGUCGACCACGGUUCGCGGCGAAAGGAAUCCAAUCUUAUGCUGAAUGAAUUCGUGAUUAUGUUUAGAGAUAAAACGAAAUAUCCGAUUGUGGAGCCUGCUCAUAUGGAACUGGCUGAGCCAUCUAUCAAGAAUGCUUUUGAGUCAUGUGUUGAACAAGGGGCAAGGCGUGUUAUAGUCAGCCCGUUUUUCUUGUUUCCUGGAAGACAUUGGCACCAGGAUAUUCCUUCUCUCACGGCCGAAGCUGCAAAGGACCAUCCAGAGGUUUCCUAUGUCAUCACUGCGCCUCUUGGUCUGCACGAACUGCUCGUGGAUGUGGUGAACGACAGAAUCACCUACUGCUUGAACCAUGUUGCAGGCGAGAAGGAGGAGUGCUCAGUAUGUGCUGGAACAGGAAAAUGCCGGCUCUAUAAUUAGUGCAAUAGUUCUACUUUAUUAUGUAUCUUUACUUCGUUUUCUUCUUCACGUAAAUUCCUAUGUAUUGCAGCACCCAUUUGGUUGUACUGAUGUUUAACUAUCUUCUCAUAAAUACACACAUUUUUCUUGAUACCCUCUUA